CAGAAGCGCCAAAUCGCCAAUCACCAUGUUACGCAGCAUACCAAGAAGAGCCGAAGCGAGACUAGGUAGUCUGCCACCAUGGUGGAGUAACGCAGUAGCUCGCGGACGAUCAUUCGCUGGGAGAGUACCUGUGCGGACCAUUCGAGCACAUACACUCUCCUACCUCUACCAGAUCAAGACGAACUACUACACAACUCACCAACGCAAAAACCUCUAAACAUCGUCCAUCAAACAAUACCAAACACUACACGGUCACCAUGCCCUCCCCACCACCCACCCCAGAAGAAACCCAGCGCCGCCAAACCGAAGCGCGCGCCGCCGUCACCGCAUCUCUCGCCAGCGUCGGCGCAUCCGUCGACAACGAGAUGCGCACGCGCACCGCGGACCUCCACGCCAACUCUGCCGCAAUCGCAAAGCAGGAAAAGGAGCUAGCGAAGCAGACGGCGGCGCUGGCGAAACAGACGGCGGAGUGGGAUAAACUGCUGCAGGGGGGCACGAAGAAGUUGAAUGAGGUGGGAGAUAUUCAGAAUUGGGCGGAGAUGAUUGAGAGGGAUUUGCUGGUGUUGGAAGAGACGGUCAGGCUGGUGGAUGGGAAGGGAAGGGAGGAGUCGGCGAGUGGGACGGGUGGGUGGUAGGUGGAGGAGUGGUGGUGGACAAGACUAGGGAAUUGCAUGGACUCUACGAUGAUGGUUCUGCUAUGGGUAUUGAUGUGCUAU